CCCGCUGUGGCGCGUAUAUAUGACGCUCUUGCUGUGAGAAGUUCCUUACUACUGGUGUGAAUAGGCUGAAAUUUUACCCAUAAAUCGAAAUUGCAAGCCUUAUUGCUUGCCGUUGUCGUCCUUUUGCGAGGCCUACCGUUUGCGCGGUUGCUUUCGAAGAUAAUGUUGUCAGAGAACAGUGAUUUUAACGGCCGUGGGAGAACCGGCUGGCUUAACUGUUCAAGUGAUAGGCUCUCUCGCACAGAGAACUAAUGCAACUUUAUUGAGAAGCUUUGGUCGAAACCCCGGGUCAAAGAGAAAAGAAGAAAAGUAUACAGCGUUGACUCGUGGUCUGUAUGAAGUGACUAAGAAAAAAAAAGAAAAAAGCUUAACAGAUCUUCUAUCUUCAGUGAUUGAAAUCUCCCUCACAAUGAAAGCAGGCUUUGAAAAAUCAUGAGAAAAACUGCUCUCUGCCUAUCAGUGAAGAAACGAAAUCAUUUUCGGGAUCAUUCUACAAAAACGCCAAGAGCCUCUUCUUCUUCAGUGAGUGAGAUCUUAUUUUUUUUUUAUCACCGAAUACUGACCGACUUCUCCCCUCAACCUUCAUCAUCCACGUUUUUCUCGUAAGGGGCAAACAGACCUCCGGUGAAAGUUACAGAACAUGAAUGAAAUGGCCAGACGGUAGCUGUGAAGGAUUUAGCCUCGCUGGUCUAGAAUCACCGGCAUGGCUGAAGAAACCCAGUUGUUUCCAUAUUACCGCGUGGUCUUCAACUCAUCCGAUUACCAUGACUACAACUACGACGAGCUUCGGCGGUGGUCGGACGAGGCCCUCACCCGCCUCGCCAGUACCACCACCGGUGCGGACGAGUCCUUGGCCGCCGCCGAUAACAUUGACCACACCCCGACGAAGUUUCAGGAGGUGACAUCAUCGUCACUGUCCUUCAUGUACAACCUCACCAGUGGCCUCGACCUGGGCGUCAACUGGUCUUCACAACCUCUCGUGCCUUCUGGAGGAGAACUCGACACUCCCCCGCCCUCGAACUGGUCCGGAUUCGACCUUGACGGAUACCCCCUCGACAUCCUCAACGGCAGCUCGGAUCCCGGAUCGAGUUUCGGUGUUGAUCUCAAUGGCUCUUUAGAUACGUUUAGUGGAGGAUAUGCGCUCAAUGGGACCAACUCCAGCGGCGGCAAUUUAGGUACCACUCUUAUUGCUCCGGUCAUUGACAGAUAUUCCAUAUAUGAGGUGAUCCUGAUUGCAGUCUUCGCUGGAUUCCUUUCAAUCGCCACUCUGCUUGGGAAUCUCAUGGUAAUGAUAAGCUUCAAGAUUGACAAACAGCUGCAGACCAUAAGUAACUACUUCCUUUUCUCACUAGCGGUGGCUGACAUCACCAUCGGGCUAGUAUCGAUGCCUUUUUUUACCUUGUACACGCUUUUGGGUUACUGGCCCCUUGGUCCUCUCGUCUGCGACACCUGGUUGGCACUUGAUUACUUAGCAUCGAACGCCUCCGUUCUGAACCUUCUCAUCAUAUCCUUCGAUCGGUACUUCAGUGUGACUCGACCGCUAACGUACAGGGCGAAGCGUACCACGAGAAGGGCAGCUGUGAUGAUCGGCUCGGCCUGGAUUAUAUCUCUAAUCCUGUGGCCUCCUUGGAUCUACUCCUGGCCUUAUAUCGAGGGACGCAGAACCGUACCUGCUGGCGAAUGUUAUAUCCAGUUUAUCGAGACGAACGAAUACGUCACCUUUGGCACCGCCAUUGCCGCCUUCUACCUCCCCGUCACCGUCAUGUGCGGCCUCUACUGGAGAAUCUGGAGGGAGACCGAGAAGCGACAGAAGGACCUGACCCACCUCCAGGCUGGCAAGGAUCCUAGUAAGCGGUCCAACUCCAGACCCGGUCUACCCAUCCUCCCAGACCCUACCAGCUUCACAGACACGGGCAUCUCCCGCAGCGAAGCCGAGGAAGUCGUCGAACCAGAGGACUGGAGAAGACAGCGAUCGGAAUCGUCCACGGCAAUGGAUGAGAUCGAAACCACUUACGUGCCCACGGCUAUGGUCAUCGAGAACACGAAAUAUGCCUCUCAGGGUCGAGCUGCUAGUGCAAGCACAGGGUGCUGUCGAGGUUUGGCCUCUUGUAUCAAAAGGACUGUUGAUCGUGAGGACAGUGGUCAAAGCGGACAUCGAGCAGGUUAUCAGACUCCAGGUUAUCACACGCCAGGCUGCCAUACUCCAGGUUACCAUACCCCAGGCUAUCAUACCCCAGGUUCUGUUGAGACGUCUCUGCCUUCUCUCAAUUACAUCCGGGAACCUCUCAGUGUAACACCCACAAGGUACAGACAGAACUCCAUGAUCCCACUGGUAGAACGAAGUGAGCGGUCAGAUCAUCACCAUCACCACCACCACCACCACCACCAUGGAACCUCUGCAACACUUCCAAGAGCUGAGAGUACUUUAGGUGUAGGAGGCGGACGCGGUGGGAUGGUUGGUGGGCGUUUACAGGCCCGGUCACAUUCUUCAGACUCAGUUUACACAAUCUUGAUCAGGCUCCCUCAUGACCCAUCCCAGGAUGGUCCUCUACAUCCUCCAUCAAUCCUAAUGAUCGAGGAGGAAGGACAGGAAGGAACUGGGACAACGGGAACUCAUAAACUCAGGUUUGACAGGGGAACUUCACCACUUGCUCGAAGGGGAGAUUCAGUUUGCUCAGAUCCUAGCGGGCAAACAACUCGAGUAGAGUGCUCUCUGCAUCCAGGAGGUCCUGAAGGAACAUCUCCUACACCCAAUAGGCGGACUUCCCAUGCCCCUGAUAUCAAGAUUCCCCUUAACACGAAAAUCAUCCCCAAGCAACUUGCAAAGAACACCGGAGUGGCAGCUGGAGGGGUUGGAAGUGGGGUGGUGGGAGCAGGUACAAAUGCUGGAGCUGCAGCUGGCUUUGGAGGGAAGAAAAAGAAGAAGAAGAAAAACGCAGAGAAGAAACAAGACCGCAAGGCUGCCAAGACCCUGUCAGCCAUCUUGCUGACUUUCAUUGUGACUUGGACACCUUACAAUGUCUUAGUGCUUUUGAAAACUGUUCUAGCUUGCUCAGAUGACUGUAUUCCUCGGCAGCUAUGGGAUUUUUCAUAUUAUCUUUGCUACAUCAAUUCUACAAUCAAUCCCAUGUGUUAUGCUCUUUGCAACGCUGCUUUCAGGAGGACCUACGUCAGGAUUCUGACCUGCAAGUGGCACAGUCGUCGUAAACAGGGAGUGCAAAGAGGUUACUACAGCUGAGGACGCCUUACUCGCCGCCUAGCACGAGCGACUUACCAACUGCUCUUCCUUCUCCAUUUACACUGGCUGGCCAGCAUUUAAUGAAUGAUCAUGAUUAUAUGUCGCUAAUUCUUUCUUAGAGUUGCGAUGUCUUUGCUUUUUGUUUUUGUAAUGUUGACUUUUCAUUUUCAAAGGUGAAUGAAGAAACCUUUAUUGAUCAUUAAUAAUGUUGGAUGACAACUGUAUUUUACAAAGAUAUUAUUUUGUAUUCAGCACUUCCAAUUCAAAGAUCUUAAAGGGUUAGUGUAUUUAAAAUGUUCAGCAGAAUUUUACAGAGACCUGAAAAGUAAAAAACCCUGAUUGUUCUCAAGGUGAAUUUCCAGUUCAUCAAGAUUCACUUCCAUGAAAUCCAUUUUUUCGGCAUACAGUACAAUAUGAUACUUCAGUGCAAUUUCGUAGAGCAGUAGGACUCGUUACACCUCCGGGUUCUAUUUGCGAACCCCCCCGCCUUUUCUGUUUUUUUUUUUUUUUUUUUUUUUUUUUUUUUUUUUUUUUUUUUUUUUGUGGUAGUGUUUGUCUAUUUAAGCAUUUGGUUUGAUUUCGAUGGCUACAGACCGUCUUAAACCAUCUUAGCUGAAAAAACAAAACAAAAAAAGCCAAAAGUCAUACUCCAGUCUACUGGCGAGAGGCUAGAGUUUAUCUUUCCAAAGUUUGAGUUUGAUAGAGUUUGUGGGUGACUGUUGUGCUUAUUUCAGAGUAACUUUGGCAAUGGCUAAUAUAAAAGGUCAGCCACGCGUUUUGUAAUUAGUCUUUUCUAUUCUUCCUGUUUGUGGAUUUGUUUCAUCCAAGCAGUUUCACUCUGUGUUGACGUGUUAGCAAGUUCUCUGAUUUUUUUUGUCGUUUGCUUUAAGUCACUUAGGAGAUUUUCGUUCGCUCCACAGCUGAGGAAGGCUGCCUUUGAAAGAAGGGGAAAAUGUCUUGUAAAUAGGAUUCAUAUAAAGGAAAACAAAUCUGAAUUAACAAUAAUGAGAAACCUUUACAAACUGCAGAUAGUUAAGGGUUAAUGAAUUUCUCUGUUUCUUGCGAGGAAAUAGUGUUUUUUUUAUUUAUUUAUUUUUUUUAUCUUAAAUGAGACUUUGGGAUUUACAAAGUCGAAGGGGGAAAACGAGUAAUGAAAUCGUAUUUGAAGCCUUGUUGUCAAAGUUAGCAAACAUUUGAGUUCCGCUUUGAUCCAGUCCUAAGGCCGAAGAAGAAUCUCCUGUCAAGAAAAGAGAAAGAGAGACAGACAGACAGACAGACAUAGAGAGAGAAAAAUGAUUUCAACUUAAUUUUUUCGUGUUGCCUCUCAGUAUUCGACAACGGAUCCGGACGCGGUAUAAAUCCAGGCGUGCGAGUAUUACAAUGUAUAGCUAAGCUCACUGAAACUCAAGUUUGAUUGAUCUAAUUAGGCUUAUAUUGGUUGGUAAUUUGAAAUAUGUAGAUGUGUGCAUACACAUGUGUAGAUAUAUUCUAUAUAGCAUUUAUUAUAUACUAUAUAUAGACACGAACAUGCAUGUAUGCAUAUAUU